AUGUUAAAUCAGAGAAUCCACCCGGGCAUGCUCUUAAUCCUGAUGUUUCUGUGCCACUUCAUGGAAGAUCACACAGUGCAGGCUGGGAACUGCUGGCUCCGGCAGGCGCGGAACGGGCGCUGCCAGGUCCUCUACAAAACCGACCUCAGCAAGGAGGAGUGCUGCAAGAGCGGCCGCCUCACCACGUCGUGGACGGCGGAGGACGUCAACGACAACACGCUUUUUAAGUGGAUGAUUUUUAAUGGGGGAGCCCCAAACUGCAUCCCGUGCAAAGAAACAUGUGAGAAUGUGGACUGUGGACCCGGGAAGAAAUGUAAAAUGAACAAGAAGAAUAAACCUCGGUGUGUUUGUGCUCCGGAUUGCUCUAAUAUCACUUGGAAGGGCCCCGUGUGUGGCUUAGAUGGGAAAACCUACAGGAACGAGUGCGCCCUUCUCAAAGCCAGAUGUAAAGAACAGCCCGAACUUGAAGUCCAGUAUCAGGGAAAAUGCAAAAAGACCUGCAGGGAUGUCUUGUGCCCAGGCAGCUCCACAUGUGUGGUUGACCAAACCAACAAUGCCUACUGUGUGACAUGUAACCGAAUUUGUCCAGAGCCUACCUCCCCGGAACAGUAUCUCUGCGGGAAUGACGGCAUAACCUACGCCAGUGCCUGCCACCUCAGGAAAGCUACCUGCCUCCUGGGAAGAUCCAUUGGAUUAGCCUACGAAGGCAAAUGCAUCAAAGCCAAAUCCUGUGAAGACAUUCAAUGCAGUGCUGGGAAGAAAUGCUUGUGGGAUUUUAAGGUUGGCAGAGGUCGGUGUGCCCUCUGUGAUGAGCUAUGCCCUGAAAGCAAGUCAGAAGAAGCAGUGUGUGCCAGUGAUAACACAACUUACCCAAGCGAGUGUGCCAUGAAAGAGGCAGCUUGCUCCAUGGGUGUGCUUCUAGAAGUUAAGCACUCUGGAUCUUGCAACUCAAUUAAUGAAGACCCAGAGGAUGAAGAGGAAGAUGAAGACCAGGACUACAGCUUUCCUAUAUCUUCCAUUCUAGAGUGGUAA